AUGAUGUUCUCAAAAGUCGAAGGAACUUUCACAAACUCAUUGCAGCUACAAAAUCUAAUUGUACCUCAGUUGCAAACAGAAAAUUCCAAUUCAUUGAACACUCAGAUCAAACAGGAGAAUUCUGCAGAUGCCUUUAACAAAGAAGAAAGUGAAAUUAUAAGCACAGAUGCAAUGGAUAAUAUUAAAAAUGAAAAUGAAACUAUAGACAGUGAUGCAAAGAAAAUUGAAAAUGAGGAGGAGGUGAUUAUUCUGGAAAGCAAUAAAGAAGAAGUGAAACAUAAUGUUGUUAAAGUAGAAGACAUUCACAAUACAGAGAAGUUGGAUGAACCAAUUUCUGUAUCGAGGAAUGGUCCUAGAAUUAAUAAGAACACCAAUAUGAAAGAAGCAUCUGCAAUCAGAAGUGCAAAUAAUUUAAAAAGAAAACGGAAUUUGAUUGCUCAAGAAAUUGACUCGUCCUCCGAGGAAAGCAGCGUGAGGAGUAAACGAAAGAAAAAAAGUACAAACGAUAGGUUCUGUUGGCGUUGUCACAAAGAAUCCGUAGAAGCCCACUGUAGUGCUUGUCCUCGAUCAUGGCAUCGUAAAUGCAUAGGGAUACAAUCGACGCCUAUCCAGAACUGGAUAUGCGGAGAAUGCGCAGCUAUUCUGCGAGCAGAAAAUGCGGAAACACGUUCCACGUCGAUGGCACAAUUGUCGGUCGAUCAGUUAUGUUUAUUAUUGAAACACGUGGUUGAAAGAAUGAAAGAGUACCCUGGUUCGGAACCAUUCUGGAAACCGGUCGAACUUUCGGAAGCUCCAAAUUAUUUGGAUUACGUGGUGAAACCAAUGGAUUUAAGCCUUUUGGAAUCAAACGUGCGUGCCAAGUUGUACGGCAGUACGGACGCAUACAUGGCCGAUGCUAAAUGGAUACAACAUAAUUGUAUUGUGUUUAAUACAUGCGGUGGCGUUUACACCGAUACAUCGAAAUUAACGAACGCGGCGAAACAGAUGAUUAAGUUGGCACGUCAGGAAGUGUCUGAAAUUGAAGCUUGCCCCGAUUGUUAUGCCCACGGAAGAAACUUGCCAAGACCACAGCCGUCAUGGUUUAUCGAACCUUGUCGUCGCCCGCAUCCACUAGUAUGGGCUAAAUUAAAAGGAUUCCCGUUUUGGCCUGCAAAAGCUAUGCCACGGAUAAAUUCUCAAGGUUUCGUAGACGUACGUUUCUUCGGAGAACACGAUCGUGCUUGGGUUCCGCCACGAGAUUUGUACUUAUAUUCCGAGGAUCCGCCUGUCCCAUUACCGCGCAAAAGGAAAUUGGACAUGGAGGAGUGUGUACGAGAAAUCACUCGACAUUGCCGAAAACUUGAACUCGUAUUUGGUCAGUUUAAAUUUGCACCCCCUAAAGUGCAAUAUAAUCCACAUGAUCCAAUGCAAAUUAAAUUAAUGUUACCAAAUUACGACCCCCUACACUCCAACAUUUAUACAUCAUCACAGUUUUUGACACCUAAAAAGAAACCGAUUUUGAAGAAACGACCACUUGGAAAAAUAAAGUCGCAAAGUGAUUCCGAGAAGACUGACAACUCUGAUACCGAGAAUAAGAUAUCGACAGAUUUAGACACGAGUACCGAAGAGAAAAACCUCGAGGACAAGUUACCUGAAGUACAGGAACUCAAUCAGUCGAGCGAAGUUGAACUGAUCUCAAAUACAAGCAAUGGUUCCAACAUUCUCAUGGAUUCAAGCGAGUCAGUGUUAAAAGAGGAGAAUACGGAAACUGACAAGGAUACUUUAUCCAGUUCAAAAGUGAAGAACGAAGAAAAUUCACAACCGAGUACAAGUAAAGUUGUACAAAACACAAACGAUAGAAUCGAAAUCAGCUCACCGAGAAACGAUUCGAGGGAAUCGAACGUUUUGAUGCUGGAACGUAACAAUAAUUCUCAAAAACUGCUGAACGAUAAUAAAAAAUCAAUGGAAAACUUGCCGAAGCAAGGUGUUACGGGUUUGGGUAAACAUCUGAUGGAUGACGUUCAAGUGUUGAAAAAGGAAUCCUCUCUCCUAAAAGUUAACGUUAAUAAAGGGGAAGCGAAUCAAGGUCCGUCAAACUCUUUGCAUAAAAAUAAUUUGAAAGCUUUAAAAAGUGUAACAGCAAAAGUGUAUAAGCCAAAAACUAGAAUGGUCGAUAAAGUGAAUGCUGAGAAAGCUUUGAAAUCUUCUACGAGCGAGCAUAAUCAGAUUUUAGUUAAACACAUCGAUGCAACAUCAUCGAAAGAUUCUUUGAAACAAUCUAGCAAUAAUGAUGCAACAUCAGUUACCAACAAGGCUCGAAUUGACGUCAGUGAGACAGGUGAAAUAUCUAAACAGGGUCCUACUGACCAAUCUGUUGCAUUGCUCCUUGUUAUGAACAAUGGUACGCUCGAUUCCACCACUAAAAAGUCCCUUAGUAAUUUAUCUACGACUGAGAAAGAGAAAACCGACGAUGUCGUGACGAAUCACGGGAGUCAAAGAGAUACUGCACAAACCUCACAUCAGAAGAAAGAGAGCAAAGCCAGGAAAUCGUUUCCUAAUAAGAAUCGCGCUUGUCCACAGCUUAUUCCACAUUCAACGACGAGUUUAUUGUCAAAUUCAAUGGAUUCCAUGGUUUAUAUUCCUGUUCAUCAGACGGAAAAUGGUGCAGAGUAUCAAAUGCUCCCUCCGGAAGCUGGACCCGUUAGUGCUCGUCUCUAUAACAGUGCACAAGAUUUGGCCAGGAAAAUGGCACAGUUAAUGGAGGAGGCAUAUAAAGAAGCAGCUCGAGAGAAUCAGAAUUGCGAGAGUGCUUCGUCCGAGAACCAUCAGGCAACAGUUCAUUUCCUACGAUUACAAAUAGAACGUAUGAGAUGGCAGCAUCAACAACAACUAGCCGAAUUGAAACACAACACUGAUCGCAUCUUAAGGGAAAUGAAGGCAAGUUUAGAAGCCGAAAGGUUACGGGCUAUCGAAGAAACUCGCAGAGAAGCCGAAGAAGAGAAACUACGAUGCAUCGAAGAAAUUAAACGCAAACAGUGGUGCGCUACAUGUGGUCGAGAAGCAUUGUUUUAUUGUUGCUGGAAUACGGCGUAUUGUGAUUAUCCCUGUCAACAGGCCCAUUGGCCGAUGCAUAUGAGAACAUGCGCUCAAAAACCUUCGUUUACUACUAUUGUUACCAGUUCUGCUGCAAAUUCGAAUCAGCAGCAAGUAAUGCCACGGCUUAUGAUAAAUACUCAACAUGUACCGCCGAACAUAUGGAAGGCCUAGAGCGUAUACGUGUAAGUCUCUUUGGAAACGUGGCCACAUCUUUCAUCCAUGAACUUUUUUUCUUAAUAUCCUAAUAUCUAACUUUUAUUCCAUUGCCCUUACGUCUUAUGUUUACAUGUAAGUGUUGUCAUUAUAACGUUCCGCAAAGUAGUACUUUAUACAACAGUUUUUGUAAUGUAAAAACACAAUCGACAAAAAAAAAAUAAAGAAUAUUUAUUCACAGAGUCUGUAUAUCGAUUACAGUGUCAAUAUGCAAUAGUGAAUAGUCCUGCUGGCAGGCUACGUGUCGUAUUGUAUAGCAAACUGAAUAAGAUAAAUAUCAGAAUCCGUUCUUAUCCUACACCAAACUCGAAAAGAAUUAGAAGUUACCUUAGACAAAUUAUUAUAUAUACUUUUUUUUUCUCAUCCGUUCUACUGAAAGGAUCGUUAAAACGAACAA